AGUGUGCAACAUACGCAGAGGUGUUCCAAGUGCAAUUUUCCAAUAUUUUCAUUUUUAACACAACAUUUGUAGCUAAAAUAAUAAGUGAUAAUUUUUUACGUUUAAAAGAAUCAUAAAUUUUAUACUUACACACAUUAGAAAUUAAAUUCGUAACGAAAAUUGUAAUUUAAAGGAUGAAAGUAGAGACAUCUUUCAUUUGUUUCUCAUCAAGAGUGUGCUUGAUUAUAAAUUUGUGAUGUGUUUAAAUGGUUUUAGAUAAUGUUAAUUGUAACAAACAACGAUUUCAAUGUGCUGUGACUAUUUUUUAUUGUAGUGAAUGUAGUUUUUUCUACGUGAGACUGCUUUUUAAAGACUGGAGGAUAUUUUGAUUAUCUGGUGCACCACCACCAACUAUGGAUAGUGGAGAUUGCGAGACUGAAGAAGAUUCAGCACCAGAGGCGUGCGUUUCUCCUGAAGGUUCUCUGUUGCCAAGCAAUAGCCGGGAGAUGAGAAACAGGGCGGAAAAGAUGCGAAGAGACAAACUUAAUUCGUAUAUUGGGGAAUUGGCAACUUUGGUACCAAUGGUCGCAAGAAGUGCCAAAAGGAUGGACAAGACGAGCAUUCUUCGACUCGCAGCCACACAUUUGCGAAUAUAUCAAACAUUGUUGAGUGGAAAGAACCAUCCUCACAUCGAAUUGCCGAAACAUGUUGAUCAAUAUUUAUUAGAACAACUGGUAUGUGAGCAGUUAGGUGGAUUUCUGCUAAUUUUGACGCCAAAUGGGAAAAUUGUAUUUGUUUCCCAUACAGUGGAGCAUCUAUUAGGACACUUACAGACUGAUUUGAUGGGUCAAUCAAUUUUCAAUAUAACUUCGCCAGAUGAUCACGACCGUUUGCGAAUGUACAUCAAUACGGAGAGUGUUUUAGACGGAGACUGGAAAAAAUGCUUCAAUAUUCGACUGAAAAGGGCCGGCCCUCGUACAGAAUCGGCCGUUUACGAACCUGUGAGAAUCAUGGGGGUACAUCGACCAGGUGUCGACAAGGACUGUAACAAAAAUACAUCGACUAGUAAAGAAAUCGCGUUAAAUAACGAUGUGUUGCUUUUUUUUGUCAGAGUUUUCCGUCCGGAGCCACUUUGUGAAAGACUUUUCGAAGCUUCGAGAGAAGAAUAUGUAACGAGACAUCUCAUUGAUGGUCGUAUUAUCGGUUGCGAUCAACGAAUUUCGUUCAUUGCAGGUUACAUGACUGAAGAAGUGUCCGGAUUAUCGGCGUUUAAAUUCAUGCAUCGAGAGGAUGUUCGAUGGGUCAUGAUCGCCUUAAGACAAAUGUAUGACCGAGGGGAGAGCAAAGGAUCAUCCUGUUACCGUUUACUCUCCCGCAAUGGACAGUUUAUCUAUUUAAGAACAUUCGGUUAUCUAGAAAUAGACGACCAAGGAACAGUUGAAAGUUUUGUUUGUAUUAAUACAUUAGUGAGUGAGCAAGAAGGCCUUCAAUUAAUAAACGAAAUGAAGAAGAGAUACUCCGCUUUGAUAAAUUCGCAGAGUUGUCCAAUCACUUCGAGUGGCUCAAACGACUCCUCUUCGCAAUCCGUCGAGGACCCCCAGCAAGUCGAAGCUGCGAUCGUCCACCUCAUAGCCAACUUGCCAUCGCCGGGCUCCGACCAGCGCUCAACACCCAGCCCCCACGUUUACGCUAAUGUUAAUGAGAAUCAAGACUGCUCAACACCGACUGAAAAUUCCCCAACCAAACCAUACUAUAAAUUAAAGACUGCUAACAACAAACGCCCUCCCAGUACUGAAUUAGGAACCAACAACAUUUACACGACGAGUAAACGACAAAGGACGUCGCCUCAAUUAUCACCAAUGUCGUACUCAAACCGGACGGAAGUAACACAACAACAUGACCAAUUGCUUCGUAACAAAGUAUGAAACGCUUUGGGACUUGGAGACUGAAAACUGGGCCAUUUAUUGGCUGAUUUUGCCUCAAGGACUAUUUAGAAGGUGUGGUGAUUUUAAUGAUAACAGCUACGUAAGGCAAGAUUUAUUUUAAAAAUUUGAAAUCGAGUGGAUAGACUACAUGUGAACGUUGUAUAGAUUUUGCAUAUUCUCGUAAUAUACCUAUACUAAAUUAAAUAGUAAUUCUGUGAUGAAGUUAUGUUUUAAGCAGUGUCUUUUGUAUAUUUAGUACAAAUUCAAUAAUUUCUUAUUUUAUGUUAUGUAUUACUCACUCAUGUCCCUACAAAAACGGGACCCAAUCAUCGACAACAAAAUACUUGUAUGCCACGAAAUACAUUUGAUUUUUAUUCAUUUUACCAUUUAUUUAUCAAGUUAUGUUGCAAUUUUAGGUUUUUAUUGUGAAAUAAAUGAGUUUUGUGUUU